GGAUGCCGGGGAUGGCGGGGUAGCAUCGGUCUGUCUUUUGGGCCGGCUGCCGAAGCCAGGCACUUUUCCGGUCGCUUCGGCGAGGCGCUCUCUUGCUGCUCGGCCACGCUGUCUGCCUGGCGCCAGCAGCGCCCCCAGCCCCCAACCCCGACUUACUUUCCAGUCUGGGGCUUCCUUGCAGCUGAAGCACGAUCGCCGCCACGCCUUAGGGGGAAGCCAGCGGGGCUGAAAGGGGGAGGUUUCCCUGCCCGAAUGGUCUCCUUCCUUCUUUCCGAAUUCUACCUGUGCUCCAGAGGCCCAGUCCCCACCGCUAAGGGCAACAUUUCCUGCUUAGCCUGCCGCCUGUCCAGCUCCCUGUCCAGCUCCCCUCAACGGGCGCUUUGUUUUGGUGGUUGUUUAAACACGUCAGAAUCUCAUCUCUUCGGCCAAAUUGGUGAAGGCCAUGCCGCCGCCUGGGAAAGUUCCCCGAAAGGAGAACCUGGGGCUGCAGUGUGAGUGGGGGUCCUGUUCCUUUGUGUGCUCGGCCAUGGAGGAGUUCUGCGAACAUGUCACUCAGCACCUGCAGCAGCACCUGCAGGGCUCUGGGGAGGAAGAAGAGGAGGAGGAGGACCUGCUUGAGGAAGAAUUCUCCUGCUUGUGGCGGGAGUGUGGCUUCUGUUCUCCGGACAAUUCUGCUGAUCUCAUCCGCCACGUCUACUUCCACUGCUACCACACCAAGCUGAAACAGUGGGGACUGCAGGCCCUGCAGAGCCAGGCUGACCUCAGCCCCUGCAUCCUGGACUUCCAGAGCCGCAAUCUCAUCCCUGACAUCCCCGACCACUUCUUGUGUCUGUGGGAGCACUGUGAGAACUCCUUCGACAAUCCCGAGUGGUUCUACCGGCACGUGGAAGCGCAUAGCCUGUGUUGUGAAUACCAAGUAGUUGGCAAGGACAACAAUGUGGUGCUCUGUGGCUGGAAAGGCUGUACCUGCACCUUCAAGGACCGCUUUAAGCUUCGAGAGCACCUCCGCAGCCAUACCCAGGAGAAGGUGGUGGCCUGUCCCACCUGUGGGGGCAUGUUUGCCAACAACACCAAGUUCUUAGAUCAUAUCCGUCGCCAGUCCUCGUUGGAUCAGCAGCACUUCCAGUGCUCUCACUGUUCCAAGAGAUUUGCCACGGAGCGGCUGCUGCGGGACCACAUGCGCAACCAUGUGAACCACUACAAGUGCCCUCUGUGUGACAUGACUUGCCCGCUGCCCUCCUCCCUCCGAAACCACAUGCGCUUCCGCCACAGCGAGGCCCGUCCCUUUAAAUGUGACUGUUGUGACUACAGCUGCAAGAAUCUGAUUGACCUCCGGAAGCACCUAGAUACCCAUAGCAAGGAGCCAGCCUACAGUUGUGAUUUCGAGAACUGCACCUUUACUGCCCGGUCGCUGUACUCUAUCAAGUCGCAUUACCGAAAAGUGCAUGAAGGAGACUCAGAGCCGAGGUACAGAUGCCACGUAUGUGACAAAUGCUUCACAAGGGGCAACAACCUCACUGUGCACCUUCGCAAGAAGCACCAGUUCAAGUGGCCCUCAGGGCACCCCCGCUUUCGGUACAAGGAGCAUGAGGAUGGCUACAUGAGGCUGCAGCUGGUUCGCUAUGAGAGUGUAGAGCUGACCCAGCAACUGCUGCGGCAGCCACAAGAGGGAUCGGGCCUGGGAGCAUCCCUGAAUGAGAGCAGCCUGCAGGAUAUCAUUCUGGAAACAGUGCCCGGGGAGCCAGGACCCCAGGAGGAAGCUGAAGAGGAAGGUGGGGGCAGUGAGGGCAUAGCCCUCCCGGCCUCUCAGGACACGUCCAGCCCUAUCAUCCACGUGGUGAACCAGACCAACGCCCAGGGCGAGCGGGAGGUCGUCUAUUACGUGCUGUUCGAAGCCCCAGGAGAGCCCCCACCCACCUCUGAGCCCCCCUCGGGCGGCGUCAUGGGAGAGCUUCAGGGAGCAGCUGAAGAGCCAGAAGUCCAGAUGGUGUGAAGGCUGCAGGCCUUGACCCUUGCUACCUCCAGGCCCUGGAGUCUGAGCCAGGCUGGUGGCAGCGCCCCUAGUGGGCAGUCCUUGUCAACGGAUGCCUUUAGGAGUGGUGCUGAGAGUAGCGUGGUCCACUCUGGAGCCAGCUUGCGUCACUCAGCGGGCUAAGGGGCGUCCUUUUUCAGCCAGUCCACAUUCUUUGGUGAUCCUGAAGAGUUUUGAUUCUUUGAGGGGGGGGCACCCUGGUUGUGUGUGUGUUCCUGUAGAGAGGACUAAUGUCAGGCUUAAAACCCUAAUCCCCUAGACAUGCUAGAACAGGGAUGAAAAUCCAUAGUCAGCUCACAUCCAUUCCUAUCUGUAGGGGUCCUUGGUCCCAGGGAUGCCAAGUAACUGAUCCCUCCAAGGGCCCUUUCCUCAAAACCAGCCAAGGCAUUUCCCUCUGAAUGGUUCCUCUUAUAGCCCCAAGGACUUUCAUGGUUAUCCUCAGGGAUGGGAUUAGAGGCACUGAGUUUGUGCAUAACAAUUGUUUUUGGUAAUAAAAGAAAUGUGUGGGCUGUUA